UAUAAAUAGUGGCCAGGGAUGGCAAUGGGAAGUCAGUACAAAAGCUUCAUCUACCAUCAACGGAUACCCCAAGCUCCACUACACAAACCAGCCAAGAUGAAAGUAUUCGCUCUGACUCUGCUCAGCCUAUUGGCUUUGUCGCAGGCUCGCCUGGACUACAAGCUGCAGUGCACCCGCGAGGAGGUUGGCAUCCGCUGGCCCAGCUACUUCAGCAACUCGGAGUACUUUGUCUGUCAGAGCAUCUUCGGCAGCCAGCUGACUGUCCAUUGUCCCGCCGGUGAGGUAUUUUCCUUUGUGCUGCAACAGUGUGCCGCCCCAGCUUUGUAUGUGCCCGCUCCACCCAUGGACUCGUUGCCCACAGCAGCACCCAUCACCACCCACUUGAUCGAUGAGGUGCCACCAGUAUUGGGACCACAGCCAGUUGUUCAUGAGCUGCCUCUGACUCAUCAUGAGGAGCACGAGCCUGUUGUCAAUGCUCUGCCUUUGGACCCCACACCACCAACCCCACCCACUGAGCCACCAACGCCACCCACCGUUGUUGCUGAGGCCCCCAAGCCAGGCAAGCGUCCAGUUCCUCCUCCACCAUCGGCACAGAAGGCUAGCGCCAAGAAGCCAUCGGCUCCAGCUCCAGCCAAGGCUGCCGCCAAGAAGCCAGCUGCUGCUGCUCCAGCAAAGGCGGCCAAGAAGCCCACGCCACCCAGCAAGGGACAGAAGAAAGCCUAAGACAACUACACAACAAUAACUCUUUCCUCACCAUGCGGGGGAAGCAGCAACAGAAUCUAUACUAAGAAAUCUAUUAACAAGCGGAAUUUCAUUCAAAACUUCAUUCCAAAAACAAACACAAAUAGCAACAAAUAAAUAUCUAACUGCAAUUCAUA